GCUGCUCACUGUUUAUUUUCUGGAAUAAUCCAAAAUACAAUGAACGAGGGAACCAGGCUGAUGUUGUUCCCUCUCUUUGAGCUCUGUGUUUGGUCUCCUCCACCUCCUCAGUUAAAUCUCUGGCUCUUUAGCUGCUAAAUGCUCCGUUAUGUUCACCUGUUGCUCUCUGACUGAGUCUGUCUGCUGUCAACAGGGAUUUUAAUUUCAGGUUAAACUGGAGUCAGUAACAUGGCAGCAGUGUGUUUGAUGAACAUCCUGUGAGCAAAGAACUCAACUCACCCAACAACACAUCACCCCCCUCCCCCUUCCUCUGUAAUGCUGGCCACUCCUUCUUCCUCUCCCUGCUGAAGAAAAGCUGUCAGCUGGUGAGGCUGCAGGGUUAUGAGAGAGCCGAGGAACAGGUGAGUUAGUCUGCAGCUGUGAGGAGACUGGGUGAGGCGAUGCCGUUUGGCUGGAGGAUCGCUGAACUGCUGCUGCUGCUGCUGCUGUCGGCUGGAGCUCAGGCUCAGAGCGGAGAUGGGGACACUGACAUGGAGCCCAGAAUCAGCUGCUGGUCUGAUAUCACGACAGGACAAAGCAGUCUGACCUGUGACCUGCUCGGAGGCAGGAACGACAAUGAAGACGAUGAAGACAAUCAUGAGGACGACAGCAUCGAGAGAAUGACCCUGUGCCGCACAGACUGCAGUCUGCAGGAAGAGAAGAUACUGUGUGUGAAUAGUUCUGGAGACACAAUCAGAUUCAUUGACACACUUGUGGUUAAUUUCAACCUGAGCGUCCACCUGAAGAGAGGAGGCAAGAUUACAACAACCGUCGACCUGAAGAAAAUAGUUCGACCCAGAAGUCCUCAUGUGUGGAACGUUACCUUCAACCAGGAAACGAACCAGGCCACCUUUCAUAUUCGGACUCCGUACAACAACGAUUACCUGAGAGUAGACAAUCAGCUCUUCCAGCUGCGCAUCUGGACCACAGGCAAUGAAAUGGUUCAGAACGUCUCAUCAGAGGACAACAUGAAGAUCGACAUGGAACACCUCUGGAAAAACACAGAGUAUCACGUCACAGUGCGAUCCAUCCCGGUGAAGCAUCUACAGGGCAGCUGGAGCAAGUGGAGUCAACCCUACACUUUUCUUACACCACCUGGAGAAAAACUCCCAGUGGAGACGAGUGAACAACAGGAGACGCUGUACACUCUGAUUGUGUGUCUCAUUGCUUUAGUGGUGGUGAUUGUCAGUGUUGUUUUCUUCUGGAAAAACAAAAUAUACACCUACAUGUGGCCGAGCAUCCCGCAUCCUAAAGACACACUGGUGCAGAUCUGCAAGCCAAAUAAAGGUCUCCUGUUGAACUUUAAGCCUGAGGUGUUCAGCGCUCUUAAAGUCUACCCAAUGGAGAAAACAGAGGUGCAGCCAUGUGAGGAAACGGAGCCCUCCGUCAGUCCUGCUGCUGCUGAUGAUGCUCAGUCGACCAACCCCUGUUCCACCCAGAGCUCGGACUGCAGGAGCACCACCAGCGUCAGCACAGAGGAGCUGGAGCUCUCCGCCCUGCUGAGCCGCAGUUCCUCCGACGGAGAGGACAGCCUCCAGAGCACCAGUCCUUCUCCCAUCAAUGACCUUCGGCUCGGGGACGGACCUCGCACACCUCAGCCUGAACGCAACAAUGGAGGAAACGAGGGCGAGGUGUUUGGAGUGAGUCAGCAGGAGGAGGCCUACGUCACCAUGUCCAGUUUCUAUCAGAUCAAGUAGGUGAGGAGAAGGAAGAGGAACAGUGAUGGACCAGGAACAGGACUGGAGCCUGUGUUUAUCAAACUUCUGAGAAUUACACUUCAAGUUGUUCUAAGGCUGUGGUUCCCAACCUGGGGGUCAGAACCCCCACGAGGUCCAACAAUCUGAAAACAAAUUUUCUUCUGUUUUCUUCCUCUUUUUUGGCCUGUCCGUCAGUCUGAAGAGAUCAAAACUCCACCAGUUUCUGCUUCUUUAUAUAAAUGUUGCUGAAGUUUUGACCUCUUCAGACUUUUUUCCUUCUCCAUGCACCUUGGAACUGGAUGAAGUUUUGCCAGAAAUCCCCUCUCUGCCUCUAUAACGUCUCUUGGCCGCACCAACGUGCGAUAAGUGGAUACUGUUAUGAGAAUUCAAUUCAAUUCAAUUCAGUUUUAUUUAUAUAGCGCCGAAUCACAACAAAAGUCAUCUCAAGGCACUUUUCAUAUAGAGCAGGUCUAGACUGUACUCUUUAAAAGAGGUAUCUACAGAGAGAGACCCAACAGUUCCCACCAUGAACAGCACUAGGAGACAGUGGAGAGGAAAGACUUCCUUUUAAGAGGCAGAAACCUCAGGCAGAAGCUCUGAUUAAUCACAUGAAUAAUAACAGGCGGUUGCUCUACAUUUGGGUCACUCUAAAAAUUUACCCAAGCAUAACAUGCCUUUAAUGUUUCUUUAGUUAAUUUUAAAUUACUUCCUUUUCAGCUGAGUCUAAAAUGUAGCAGUUUGGUAAAUGUUGGUCAUUAACCCAAACCUAUUGAAAUGUAGCUUGUUGUGUAUUUUGUUGCUUUUGAUGCCAAAUGAUUAUAUCAGGUAUUUUCAUAAUGUCUCACUGAUCGUACACUGACAUACUUCUUCAUAGUCAUCUACUGGCCACCAUGGAUGGCUGUUGGAGGAAGCUUAGGAGAUCACCCCAGUGUUUCUGCAUGUUUUAUGACAAAUCACACAGUACUUGAAUGUUUCCAGAGUAUAUUACCAUCUAGGCAGCCCAUUGGUUCAGUUCAUAUUUUAGCUGGAUAUGCAGUGCAUUGUGUGUCUCUAGCAAGUUUAAAGUCAUUCACAUUUCAAACCAUAGUGAAAUAAAUUAAUUCUUGUUGCUGUCUGAAAGACAAUCUCAAAAUUAAUUUUAAGGCAGGUGACAAAUGAACCUAAACCUGAGUCUAAAGAGUGUUAGUGAAGUGGGAUUCUUUAGCGCUCCUUCUCAUCGAUUCAUUAAACAUGGAGAGAACUCUUAAACACAUCACUACAAAGUCUUCCCACAAGAAUCAUCUACAAUCCUCAACUCUACAACCUCAACCCUAAGUCCCCCUCAACCCACCCCCGACCCCACAUAGUAUGUCAUCAAAAAUGUCAUAGUUUAAGAUGUCAUCGAAAGUGUGACAAAAGUGCUAUGUCGUCAAAAAUGUGAUGAAAAAAAAAAUAUAUAACAGAUAGUAUGUCCUUAAAAAUUUAAUAAAAAUGUCACAGUAUAUUAAGGCAUCAAAAAUCUGAAAACCUCUCCAACCUCAACCCUAACCCUAUCCUCUGCACCAUCAAUCCCAAGCACCUAGAAUGGCUUCCAAGCUCCUUUAUAUAUGGAAACCUUUCAAAAUGCUUUUCUCUUGUAGGGAAGCCUCUGUAGUCAUCUGUCACUUGUCUGUACAAAACAAAAACAUACAAAAACACCAGUGAUGUCCUAUAAAAGAAAGCUGCUCAUAUCUGUUAGAGAGCUAAACCACCUGCUGCAGAAUGGACCCGGCUCUUCUCAUUAUUAUACAGCACUCAGCCCUCAUUUUUUCUCCAACCAACAGCACUGAAUCCCUUAUAUCAACUCAGUCUAUAGGUGAGCUGUGUUGCUGCAGCAAACUAAAUGGACUGUUUCAGUUUGUGGCCUAAGUCAUGGAGAUGCCAAAAACAAUGCUGCUUCUUAAAAUAUCUGACACAACCUACACCUCAUGUUUCCUUACAGCAAUGGCUGCAAUAAAUACACAGAAUGUAUAUCUGCUUUAUCUUCUCAGGAUUAACAAAUGUAUUAAUGAUACUGUAUAUACUUUAUGUUAAUGUUUGAUUGUACCAGAUACAUACCAGUGUUUCUUUAUUUAAACAAAGCCUAUUGUGUUGCAUAUCAUUGUACAAUAAAAGAGAAAAAUGAGAAUUAAA